CUGAGGUUAAGAGCAGACGAGCGAUAGCAAAUGGCGCACUGCAGCUUGCUUCAGAUGCAACUCCUGUAAAAGCAUACUCGUCCGGAUCUUAACACCACGAUGUUCUUAGAACUUAAUACGUUUCUUGACUUUGACAACAAGGUGCUACCGAGGCGGUUUGUCGUCAUCUCCAGCGACGACAUGGUGGAGCACGCGUUCGUGCUCAAUCACAUGCUCAUGUUGUACCUGAAGACCGGCCGCAGAGUGUUCCAACUCAAUUUCGUCAACGACGACGCUUUCUUCGCUAGCGUGUGUCAAAAGUUGGGCAUCAACCUGAAAACUUACGCCGCUAAGAACGCCUUCUACAGCUUCAGCUGUCUCAAGGUCCUGAAAGACCUCGUCAAAACUUCCUUCUCCGACAGCUCGCACCCGUUCGCCUUCCUGACUGCACCGGCGUCCGAGCACGGCGACGACAGACUGUCCGUGCUGCGGUGCCAAAUUUUAGAUGCGCUGCGGCGCUUCGUCGGCGACGACGCGACGAAAGGCGAAGUCCUCGUCCUGGUAGACGACGUCUCGAGCGUGCUAAACUUUGGCCUCGGGUACCGGGAAAUCGCGGGCCUGAUCCACUCGCUCAGAGUCGAACCUCUCGUUUGUGAGCGUGGCACGGUGGUCACGGGCACGAAAUUCUGCGCCCGCGAGGACGACGCGGACUGUCACCGGCUCUGCACGUACCUGUCCCACCUCGCCGACGCCACGAUUGACGUGCGGGGUCUCUCCACGGGACACAGCAGAGACAUCACGGGACAGAUUUCGAUGACAAGAACGAGCAAUACGCAGCUGCCAACGACAAAGAAAAUGCAUUUCCGGCUCGAGGACAGAGGUGUCAAGCUCUUCCCUGUUGGCCUUAACAAGUUGCCAUCGCACGUCUAGAGGUCACUGUCCACACCACCAAGCACUUGGGGCCAACAAUAUUUAUUGAUACUAUUACUACGAAAUAAAUACAUAGAAUGUUGAACAAAA